GUGUCAUUUCAGCAUUGUACAAGCAAACAUGAAAAUCAAGGAUGACAUCUUUGGAAAGAUAUAUUGUAUAGUGUCAUCCUUAAAUCCUCCACCACUGCUGUCCCUAAUCCUCAAUCUGACCCCAAAACGAUCAGAUUUUAAAUCCCAAUAAAUUCAGGUUAUUGCUAUUCGGGAUCCUUAGGACUUCUCUACUCGAAACCCUACCCUGACCCCAACCCUUACCUAACCUUAACCAUUUUUUAUUUAAACUUCAAAUCGGAUAGCGACGUCCCAAGGACACCGGGUAGCAAGGACAGUAAAUUCAUGACAGACAGCCUUUGUUGCCCCAAACAAUUAACUUCAGCCAAAAAACGCUGAAGUAAGCAUUUGGGAGCAUCAGCCAAAAAACCGCUGAAGUAAGCAUUUGGGAGCAGGCAUAGUUUUUUUUUUACCUGCUGUGUCACAUUGGUCCGUGUUUAUGUACAGACACAGUUUAUAUUCCCACUUCUAUCAUCCUGCUAUCUGUCAGCCCAGGGAAUGUGACUGGGUGGGGAAUGUUUGUUGCAACCAGGGUGUGCCUCUUAAAAUAAUUCCACUGUGAUGUUUUGAAUGGGAAUGUUGGCUGUGGACAAGAGGAGGAUGGCCUCUCUGGCGGUGACGGGGGAGUGAGGGUGUGUGUCAUGAGGAAGGGGGAUCAAUAACAUUCUCUUUCUAAAACAAGUUGCCCAGUUGGCGUGGUCAGCAUCAGACUAUACCCUAAAAGCAAGGACCUUCCUCCAGAAACACUGACCAGAGAAAUCAGUCUCUGGUUUCAAACCUCUUGUGAUGGAGUUCUGGGCUGUGAGUGAGGGGGCAACCACCCAUGUAUGACAAAUUUGGGACUGUUCCCAGACGAAACUUUGCACAUGUAUAUCAGGACAAGCACCAGGCAUUAGAUUUUCAACCGUACCAGGGCAGGGAGCCCAGUUGUUGGACCGUACCAGGUUCUAGGACCGGAGGGGUCCUACAGGACUAUACCAACUGGACUGAUCCAUAUCUGUCGCCCGCUAUCCCUCAUUUCCCCUUUGCUCUACACAGCCAGCCCCGACAGCUCCGGGGCUUAAGGGACUGUCAGGCUCAAGAGAAGAGAGAGAGGGAAUGGCAGGUGGGAGAGGCUCAUAGAGCAGCAGCUAGGGAGAGGGAAAGGGAGUGUGAGAGAAGGAUGCAGAGGAAUGGGUGGCAGAGGAAGUGGGAGCCCUGUAGUCCUGUCCGCUACAGGAGGGAGCCAGCCAAGAGAAGCCUGAGUGACAGUAACUUUUGGGAGCUGGAGGCCUGGGUGGCCCGCUGCAGCCACUCACUCCCUAGGAAGAGACGCCUGGAGGCAGGGCUGAGGGUGGGGAUCCAGGGGGCGCCCGAGAGUGAGAGAGUCCUGGAGAGAGAAUCAUGGGUCACCAGAAGUGGAGCAGAACUCAUAGCAAGUGCAAUGCAUCUGGCCGGACUAUCUCUUCAGCCAAGACAAUGGGGACAGUGGGAGAGGAGGGACACACAGCAAACUAUGUGCCACCGCUUGUCUGACCCGGUCAUUCCUUAUACAACAUACCCAUCAGACACCAAGGAGAAUGAGACAAGCUACCAGAAGAGGGUGUUUAGUCAACCGCCAGGCUACAUUCCAUGUCCACCUUAUAAUGCCCCACAUAACAUUUCACCAGUAAUGCAACAUGCUGAGAAAUAUACCACUAAAGAAGCCAUGGCUUCUGUGUAUGCAGGGUGGGAUCCGAGAGCUAACAGACACAAAAACUGCACACUGCCUACUCCGAGGAAGCAAGACUACUCAGUACUAGACUUUCAUAGGGAAAGGGGAGGGGGAGAUGAUUUUAUGAAAGAAGAGUGGAAGCAGAGGACCUGGUCUGAUCCUGGAGGGCAUAGGCAGCAAGGACAUAUUGUAGUUGGUCAAUGGACAGGCUUUCCAGCCCAUCCACAGAACAUGCCAAUCCAGUCUGAAAGCCUCUCACCUCUGCUGCAGUCCCCACAACAGCCUCAGAUGGCCAACCUCAGUGAGACAGCCUACCCCAGGGCCACCACAGAAAGGAAAGUCAGUCUAAAGAAAAGGAGAGGAGGGGAGACCAUAUUUUGCUUAGUGUCUCGCAUGGGUGGAGUGGCAGGGUUGCCAAGUUCUCCUGAAGAAACACUAAAACCCCUUUCUCUGCCACUCUUCACCAUCUCCCCUCUAACAACUGUGUCAAACAGUGAGUUAAGCAGAGUACCUAGCGGUCUAAAGGAGUGUGGUGCCAGUAAUGAAUCACAUAAGCUUGCAGAUAAAGUUGAUUCAGGUGUGCCAUCACUCCAGCAUGAUUCCAGUGCUUCAGCCCAGACCCCUUCCUCCAUAAGAAACAGCAAUCUCAAACCUAAACUGAAGGGGGGCUAGACUGGAUGGGAAGUGAGCAAGUAGCAGCCCACAGGGAUGAGCUUCUCAGGGCCAUUCAGAGCAGACCAAGGCUUCAAGGAGAGGAAAGUGACCUCUAAAGCCUACCCAGUACGACGGACAGUGAAGUUGCCUUGCCAGAAAGCACCCAGGUUAGUGCUUCAUCCCCUGUAUCCAGGAAAAAAGGGAUGCAAGUACUGGCUCCUGUGUCAGUCAAGGGAGCCCAGUUACAUUGGCCGAGUCAAGAGUGACAAUCCCUCACCUAGCUAUUUGAUGGGUACCUGGGAGGACGGCGAACCAGGUAAGAAUCUGAAUGAUGAUCGUACAGAAAAUAGUCCUGAUGCUUGCAAUUAUCCUCUUGAUGUUGAAGUGAGGCGAUUGGAGCUCAAGAGAGACACAGAGUCUGACGGUAGCAGUGGUCUUCUGGUUAUCAAUGCAACUUGUGUUGUAAUCAGAGUGGAGUUAAUUUUCCCUCCUAAAAAAGAACAUUCCCAGUAUUUGUGCUUACCAACUCCUAGUGACCCCCCUGUGCCUGAUCUAGACCCAAGCUCCAGCGUUCAGGAUAAAACAGAAAAGGAUGAGAUGCCACAGCUGCCAAAAGAUGAGAACAAGGACACCCUUGAGUGCCUUCCUGUGGUUACUCUGAAAGAGCCAGUGUCAGAGGCAUCGCCUGAGAUUGGUCUCACUGAAGAUAAUUUUUCUGCUAAAGAUACUGAUGUCACUUUAGAUGACCAGUCUGCACCAGAUAUAGUUGCAGAGCCCAAGAUGGAGCUGAGGGAACAAACAUGUGACGUCUCUGUGGAGAACUCCAGUGACUGUCUGCCUGACGUAAAGGUUAUGUCUUUACGAGAGACAGGUAGUGCAAACAAGCCCCCAUUCAAUCCUUGCCAGGAAACAGGUACAUUUGGUGAUGGUGGUUUUUCCCCACCCAUCUCUCAGUGCCUCAACCCACCUCUAAGUAACCCAGAUUCUCCCCCACACUCACCUUUAGAUGCUACCUCCCCCUCUUAUUCAAGACCCUCCUCUUCCUCUCAUCACUUGUUGACUUUACUCUCCCAGUUCAUUUCAUUAUCUCCCCUCCCUAAGUCCAACAUAGACCCCCUGUCUCUCCCUGAAGAUCCACCCUCUCCCUUAGAUAUAAGCUUACCCCUUCACCCUGAUUACCCUACUACUGAACACUCAGACUCCAUUUCCCUGUCCCAAUUCUCAUCUCCCCCUCCCUCAGUCCCGCUCUUCCCCUCCAUCUCCCUCGGUCCCAAUCUCCCCCUCCAGAACCCUCCUCUAGAGCCUGGAGCCUAGAGAUACUGGCCGAGGCCUUUACCCCUGUUCUGUCCAUAUCCACCACACUCACCACACAUAGAGAGGAGCCGCAAUACCACAAGUCCCACUGCAGUGAAAUGCACCCGGAAGGACACAGCCCCUAACUCAGAAAAUGAGGAAGAGGGACGUGAGCUGUGGGAUCCAGAAAGUGCUGGUGAGGAUGGUGCUGCACUAUACACUAUACUAUACAUCCUGUGGCGUUGUGCAUUAGCAUCGAACAGCCCCCGUGAUAUGCAA